AUUAUGGUUUACAGUUGCAUUGAUCCAAAUGAUAACCCAAACUAUGUUGUCUUACAGGUGUUCCAUAGCAUUAAAUGGAACAUUUGGCAAACCAAUAUGAUAUAAAAGGAAUAAAACUGCUGUAAACUAGUUUACCUUUAGAUAAAGUUUAUCCUAUUUCUUUCAAUUGUACCUAAUUAUUUGACACUAUAUGGCAAACUGGAUGUUGAACUUCCCAUUGCUGGAAUAAUCUCCACUUUUCUGGAAAAGACUUUCCAUUCGAGCUUGGAAGUAGAAAUUUGUUUGUUCAGACACAUUAGCCAGUUAAUCUCGUCUUCAGGUCUCUGCUUAGGACAAUCAAUCCUUACAUCUCAACCUUGACAAACCAUAUUUUUAAGGAGUUGGUUUUGAGUACAGUCAAGGUUUGGGUACAGGUUUGGGUCUAGUCCCAGUGAAGGAAGCCUGCAAUUCUACAGUGUACACAAACAUCCUGUUCAAUUGUAUGGUUACAGUUUGGUGGAUGAACCAGUGUGAUGUCAGGUGGUGAUGUUUGGGCAUGUUGUUAAUGAUCUGCUGUAUUAUGUCUACAUAAAAGAAUAUGAAUCAAAGUCAAACAUUUUCUGCUUAAUAUGGGGUUAAGCUAUAAGAUCAAUUUCCAAAAUAUGAACACUCACUGGAUUUUAGUUAUAUAUUUCAGAUUUGAUGCUAAAAUUUCAGCACGUCUUUCUAGCUGUAUGUAGGAUACAGAGAUAACUAGAUGUAAGAGAUACAGACGCUGUAUAUCCUUCAAAACCCUUUGGAAACAAUGUGAAAACUUCAUCUCCAAGAUAAAGCCUGGGAACACCAUAAACCUGUUACUGGAUCAUUCUGCUUACAUAAUCUGGACACAUCACAGGCUACAUAAAGGGGCUCAAAAGCUCCAUGUGGGAGAGGAGCACGAGUUAAACAGAAAAGAGAAAACUCUAUUAACCUGAAAAUUAAUACCAAUAUUAAAAGAUUACUAAAGAGCCCAGGAAUGGAUUUCGACCUGCCUCCUAGUACUUCUAUGAGCGGGAUCCCCUGGGAGAGAGUUCUGCCUCCCCUUUUGCCUCGUCUAGGGGGCACUUUGGGAUCUUACUCAUGGACCCCAGCUGAGCUUCUAAUCCCAGUGAAAGAGCACACAGGAGCUGCACAGGUUGUUUGUGACCAAAAUGGAUUUACUGUGCAACUUGAUGUGAAACACUUCAGUCCAGAAGAGCUGACGGUUAAAGUCACAGGCGAUUAUGUUGUGGUAGAGGGAAAACAUGAACAGAGAAAGGACGGAUCCGGACUAGUGACCCGCCAGUUUAACCGAAGGUACCGCAUUCCAAACGAAGUGGAUGCCUUGAAACUGAAGUGUGCAGUGUCACCAGAGAGAAUGCUACUUAUUACUGCCCCUUUGCUGAAGGUUGAAAAUGCCGAAUCGCCUACACACUCAGAAUCGGGAGUUUAAAGACCUUCUUUAGAUGGCGACAGGAUGAAAAGUCAACAGAUGGACCUUGUAUGUCAUUCUGUCCCAAGAUGUAGAUCACUCUCAAAAGGAUGCGCAUCAGAGGAAACAACCCGACCGUCCUUCUGGUGGCGCCGCACUAGCUGGAGCUGUUUGCAAACAUACAUGACACCAAGCCCAACACCGCAUCAUUAAUCCUUUCAGCAUUUUAAUAAUGUUAGGCUUCCAGAGGCAUAGUGAAUACACCUGAAACUCAGAAUCCUCCUCCAUGUUUCCAGCAUGUUCUAAACAUUCUAAAAUUGCUAUUCGGUAUAAAAGUUGCACAUAUCAGAGAUUAACGGACUGAUCAGUCUCACAAGCAACCAAAUUGUUAUUCAUGACUGUACAUAUUCCUUAAUAACUGUUUGUUUUGUAUGUGUAGUUUUGGACGCAUGAGGAAUGAUAUCCUGUGCACUAAUUUAACUGCUGCAUCAACAUAAAGUCUUCAAAUAAAUAUUUGUUUUCCAAAA